AUGUCGCGCAAGCGACGCUCCCUGACCCUCGACGAAAAGCUCAAGAUACUAAAGUUCGUCGAUGAGAACCCGACAGCCAAGCGCAAGGUACUCGCCCGGCAACUCGACAUCCCCAUAUCGACACUGGUCACCCUCGUCGGAAGGCGGGAGAGCAUCGAGGCCAAUGUCCAGCGCUUCGAUCCUUCGUGCCGCACGACAAGGUCGGGCCGACACAAGAAGCUCGACGACUUCAUGUUUUCCUGGAUGAGUGACUCAGAAGCGAGACCCAGCCUCGAAGAAAUGCGAGAGAUGGCCGAAGCGGUGGCAAGCAGCAUGGGCAUCGACGGCUUCACGGCCAGUACUGGCUGGCUGAGUCGCUUCAGAAAGCGCCACGGCUUUGCGCGUUGCAAAAAGCGACCGCCCGCCCAGCGUCGUGACCCUUCCUCUACCGAAAGGCGCACGGGUGAACCAGACGACCUCGUCGCGUUUCUCCAGGUCAGAGAGCAGUACCACCCGCGCAACGUCUAUGUCGUCGGCUGGUCGCAACUCUACUAUGCACUCCUGCCUUCAGACCUUGCGCAGCCGGAUGCGGGCGACGAGCUGCUGGGUCUCGACACGUUCCACGCGACAGUUCCGCGCCGUGAGCCGCGAGUAGGCGUCAUUCUGGGCGUGAACGAAGACUGCACUGACAGACUAGCACCGUGGGUCGUCGGUCGUCGCUGGAAUCCCAGGAACCUGCGAGGCAUUUGCAACCCGCCCUGCAAUUACUUUGCCAGUGCGGAGGAUGUGUCGCGAUGCCCCAUCGACGCGUUGGAGCAGUACCUAGUCAGCGUCGACAGCCGCAUGCGGGCCGAGAAACGCGUCGUCGCCGUCUUCCUGGCCCAGGACCUGGCCGAAGCGGCCGCCGCCAAGUGCGACUUCACGAACAUUCGCCUGUACUCCCUCGCCCGCGGAGUCUUGGCUACCAACGACCAGAAUCCGCUGCACGUUGGAAUACUGAGGUGUUUCAAGGACCUUUACCGAACGUUCCUGCUCAAGAGGCUGACCAUACUGGCCGAUCAGCCGGAGGAAGCGAGGCCCACGCUCCUUGUCGCCAUGUCGCUUGUUGCAACUUCCUGGGACUCCCUCGAGCAAGAUGUCGUUCGAGCCGCUUUCAAGGCUUGUGGGUUUCGAGGGUGCAUUCUGUCGCACUUGGCCGCUGGGGAACCGGUAAAAGAUGAGGCGAUGGCCGAUGCAACGGACGCUGACAGCGGGCCGUCGGAUAACUAUGUCCAAGCGGAUGAGGAGCUUGUGUUUGAUGAGCUAGUAGUCAAAAGCGAGCCGUGUGAAGCUACGGAUGUCCAGGCAGAUGAAAAGCCUUUGUAUGUUGAGGUGCAAGUGAAAAUCGAGCCUGCUGAAGCUGUGGACGAGACCUCUGCCUCAGAUGAGCCACUGGUUGGCGAUGAAGGCCAAACACAACGGGUUGUCACAGAGCGCGAUGCUCUGAAAGCGCUCGACACUAUCCGCCUUUUUCUCUGCCAUAACGAGUGUGAUGAACAGACACUGAAAGCAUAUCGUGCUCUAGAGAGCAGAUUCUACAACACUCUUUUCAAGUGA